CUCCGCUACCACAAUGCUGCCCUUCCUGGCCAUCCUGGCCGCCGGGCUCGCUUCCUCAGUCCGCGCGGUCACCGUCUACUCUCAGCAGACAUUCGGUGCUGCCACCACGUCUGCCGCCGCCGCGUCGUACACUGGAGCCGCCGCCUAUGACCCCACCGUCCUUAACGCACCCGCCGUGCCCAACCCGGCCCCCGCCACUCAAUUCAGCGUGCAGCUGCAGAGCCAGGCUAGCGCGGUUCAGGGGCUGAGCAUCCCGCAGAGCGGCUCAUUCCUAGGUUUCUCGAUAGAAAUGUCCGUCAUUAACCAAAUCCUUGGGAGCAACUCAUCCUUCGUACAAGUUCCAUUCCUCAACUUGAUGUCCAACCUUGCCACUCGCGGAGGUCACGUAAACGUUCGUGUUGGUGGUAAUACACAAGAUUUUGCCACCCUCGUCGACAGCCUUGCCGAUGGCAAGAUGAUGGAGAAGGAUUUGGAGGGGGUCUCUAACCCGACACAAACGCCGCCCUUGCUCUUCACUCCCGACGUCCUCUACCUCAUGAACAAUAUUUCUAGCCUCGUCAAUGUUCGGUGGUACCUCGGCAUCCCGCUCAACGACAGUCAGAACCUUCGUCUCGGCAUCGCGGAGGCUGCCGAACAGAUUCUGGGAGACAAUCUUCUCGGGUUCCAGGUCGGCAACGAACCGGAUCUUUACGCCGAUCACGGACAUCGUGCUCCGGGUUACAGUCAAUUCGACUACUUCGGCGAGUUCGGCAGUGUUAUCGCCGCCAUAGCGUCGAACGACCAGAUUCUGGUCAAGAACAACCUCAUCGGUCCGAACUUGGCUACCGGCGACUGGACGCCCGAGAUGGUCUGGGAUACCGGAUUCAUCACUAGCUACUCUAGCUCCUUGGGCGCGUUGGGCGUCGAACACUACCCCGACAACAACUGCGCGGCCCAAUUCGGUACCGAUGCCCAGGCAAAGGAUCCGCAGACCGUCUUCUCGGACUACCUCAAUCACACCUCGGGCCAGCUGCUUGUGCAACCGUACCUCAAUUCUACCGGCAUCGCUCAGGGAGCAGGUAAACCCUUCAUCAUGUUCGAAACCAACUCUGCCUCUUGCGGUGGUUUCCCCGGAGUUAGCAACAGUUACGGCAGCGCGCUCUGGAUGUUGGAUUAUGGGAUGCAGAUGGCUCACUCGAACUUCUCGGGUGCUCACGUGCACAUCGGUGGACAGAACGUUUACUACAACCCUUUCACCCCUCCUCCGACUAACCAGUCCACGUUCCACCAAUGGACCAUCGGCCCUAUCUACUACGCCUCGAUGAUCAUCGCCGAGGCGUUCGGCAACUCGAACCAGUCGCAGAUCAUUGAUAUGUUCGCGAACGAUGCCAACAUGUACACGCCCGCAUACGCGAUUUACGACAACGGCUCGCCGUCCAAAGUAGCGCUGUUCAACUACAUCACCGACUCGUCCGGCGCGAGCAACCUCAACGUUGCUGUGUCUAUCAACGGUGCAACUGUCCCAAGUUCGGUCAAGGUGAAGCGUCUGAGCGCCGAGUCCGUCUCUACCAAGAGCAACAUCACAUGGGCUGGCCAGACCUUCGGCGGCAGCUUCGAGUCCGAUGGCCGUCUCGUGGGUGAUCUCGACAUCGAGACCGUCAACUGCGACACCGGCAACAACGUGUGCCAGAUCAGCGUGCCCGCGCCGGGCUUCGCGCUCGUCUUCCUCUCAGACGACGCGCUCACAGACGCGGACCAGGCGUCCACCGUGCAGACCUUCUCGACCACCGCGGUCACGAAGACGGUGAACACGGCGACGAUCGACGCGAGCGUACUCGCGACGAGCAACGGGCACAGCGGCAAGGACCGCAAGCUUGGCAGCACGAGUAAAGGGUCCAGUUCGGAUGCGCCGCGGUCCACCGCUACGUCUGCGUUCGCUGCAGUGGCCGCGAUGGCGUUCGGCGCCAUCGUUCUCGUUGGCAGGACGUGGAUGUAAGGACCGUUUCUUUGGAUUUCUGCGCGCAGCUUAGUACCCCUCUCCUUUUCAUCGUCGCUCUUUACGGACAAAAGUUUCGUCUGAGCAACGACUCGGAUUCACGCAUGUAUCUUUACAUCUACGUCUCUGGACCAGACAUUUAAUCCGUUACAUGUAUAUACCCAUCCACUACACCCUCUUUCGCUCCAACUCAGUUUGGAUCUCCC